CACACAACUCAUGUUAGAGACACAAUGUAGACACACAACACCACCCAGGCACAAAAUGGACACACAAAUCAACAUCCCACACAGUUUCAGUUGAGAAAUCAGGUGUCCAUCACAGACACAUGCGCCUUGCCAGCUCCGUGUACAUAUCUACACAGGACUCCGAGGCACAGCACACAUGUGACCCAGCCAGGCACGCUUGGCUGCACACAGAAAGCAACUCAGACACACCCAGACACAAGCAGACAAACGUCCUCAGAAAACACGGACACACAAGAUGUGUGUCUGAUUGGGACAAACACAGUAUGUGCAGAUAACCGGCACCUCAGGCCCACCACACAGACAAGCUCAGGCAGGCAGACAGAGCCCAUGGGUGUGAGUGGGGUGGCACGUGCCAGACCCCCACCCCAAUCUAUUGUCUAGCGCUGGGGAACUCCAAGGCUCACAUGACCCAAGGGGAGGGCUUCUGAAACAAUCCUCGGAGAAACUGCAUCAUCCUUACUAAUGAUCCGUUUCCGCCCCGGAGAAUAAAGGCUCAUUGACCCUCGCCAUUCUGUCCUGGAGUUCACCUGCCUCUUGGAGGCCCAGCUGACUGGCUUGUGCCUCUGCCAGGAUGGACACAAGGACGGUGCUGCUCAUCCUGCAAGCCUCUCUGGUGCUCCCCCUGGCUGACAGUACUGCCCCCAUCCUGCGUUUUGUGGCUGUGGGUGACUGGGGAGGGGUCCCCAAUGCCCCGUUCUACACAGCCCGGGAAACGGCCAAUGCCAAGGAGAUUGCCAGGACCGCAAAGAUCCUGGGCACAGACUUCAUCCUGUCUCUGGGGGACAAUUUCUACUUCACUGGCGUGCAGGAUGCCAACGACAAGAGGUUCCGGGAGACCUUUGAGGAUGUGUUCUCCGCCCCCUCUCUCCGCAACGUGCCCUGGUACGUGCUGGCUGGCAAUCACGACCAUCUGGGCAACGUCUCAGCACAGAUCGCCUACUCCAAGAUCUCCAAGCGCUGGAACUUCCCCAGCCCUUACUACCGCCUGCACUUCAAGAUCCCACGGUCCAAUGUGACCGUGGCCAUCUUCAUGCUGGACACAGUGACACUGUGUGGCAACUCGGACGAUUUCCUCAGCCGACAGCCGCAGAGGCCCCGUGACACACAGAUGGCUCGCACGCAGCUGUCCUGGCUCAAGAAGCAGCUGGCAGCAGCCAAGGAGGACUACGUGCUGGUGGCUGGCCACUACCCGGUGUGGUCCAUUGCCGAGCACGGGCCCACCCACUGCCUGGUCCAUCACCUGCUACCACUGCUGGCCACUUACAACGUCACUGCCUACCUGUGUGGCCACGACCACAACCUGCAGUACCUUCAGGAUGAGAACGGCACGGGCUACAUACUGAGUGGGGCUGGGAACUUCAUGGACCCCUCAAGGAGGCACUUCCGCAAGGUUCCCAGUGGCUACCUGCGCUUCCACUAUGGGGUCGAGAACUCACUCGGUGGCUUCGCCUAUGUGGAGAUCAGCCCCAAAGAGAUGAGCGUCACUUACAUCGAGGCCUCUGGCAAGUCCCUCUUCAAGACCAGGCUGCCAAGGCGAGCCAGGCUUGUGAGUUUGUGAGGGACCUGAGGCAGAGGGGCUUCCCUGGCGGGGGAGCGGGACCCUGCUGGGACCCUGCCCCUUGGCGGCUUUCUCAGGGGCCUGUGGUCCUGCUGAGCAGGAAGGAGAACCACAGAUGCUCCUGAACCCAACAUCCUUCUGUCACUGCCAAAUAUUCAAUAAAAGAAUAGAUGACUGAA